CAGUUGUCUGUGAUCCAACCUCUAAUGUACCAAAGCCUGCACCCCCAAAGAUGCUCACAGGGGCUGCAUCUGUUAAAGUGAAGACUGCAGUAGAGGUUCCCCAAAAACCUAGUACCACAGGGUGUGGGGGAAACAGCAGUGGAUCUGGAAUCCUAUCCAGCGGGAGUGGAGGAGGAAGUCAACAGAUACAAUUAUGGCAGUUUUUAUUGGAACUCUUAACUGAACCAAAGCUCUACCCAGUAAUUUCAUGGUAUGGUGGGGAUGGAGAAUUUCGAUUACACCAACCUGAAGUUGUAGCAAAUCUUUGGGGACAACGAAAAAGCAAGCCAAACAUGAAUUAUGAAAAAUUAUCUCGAGCUCUCAGAUACUACUAUGAUGGUGAUAUGAUUGCAAAAGUUUCAGGGAAAAGAUUUGUAUAUAGAUUUGUAUUAAACUUAAAGAGUGUAGUAGGAUACAGUGCUGAUGAGCUUCGGCAACAGGUAGAAGAAUGUCGAAGACGAGAGGGCUACAGCUUGGAGGUCCCUCCAGUGAUGGUCAUGCAAGCUGUAUAGCACAAUUUGUAUAAUUUAUGAGAGUGUCUUUGCCCUGAGUUGAAUUCCCAGCUAUGCUUCUCCACAGAGUUUACUUCAGUAUCUAUAAAGAAAAGCCUCAGCUUUUCUUCCACUUGUAGAAACUAUCUGAAUAUGCAGUCCAGGGGAAGA